AGCCUGGGUGGACUUUUUCCAGCUCUCAGAUUUAUUCUUUUUAGUUUGUGUUUAACAAGCCCUCUUGUUGAAGUUUUUUGUUUGCUGAUUCCUUUUUUGUUUUGCUUUAGGCAGCUUAGCAACAUUUAUGAAAUGGUGUAAUGUAUAUGUCGUUGUGUAAGGAUUGCAGUAUUUGGUAUUGUGAGCUUGGCAUUGUGAAGAAAUUCUCAUCUGCUGUUUGUUACUUUGGAAAAAAUGGCUUCUGUUGCUGACAGUAUUACUCUGUGUGUAUAGGAGCGCAACAACACCGGAAAGUAGGGUAGAAUAUGGACUAUAUAGCUUAUAAUGAAAGCCUCAACCCACCGCUUCCGAGACAUUGAAAGGACUGCAGAGUACCUCCAUCCUGAAAAGUGCAUCCCACCCCCUCCCAUUGACUCCAUGGGUAAAGUUUGGUUUAUCAAAGAUGGCUGUGGCAUUGCGUGUGCCGUAGUGACUUGGAUGCUGGUUUUCUAUGCUGAGUUUGUGGUCAUUUUUGUUAUGCUGCUGCCAUCAAAGAACCUAAUUUACAGCGCCAUCAAUGGGAUAGUGUUCAACAUUCUGGCCUUCCUAGCCUUGGCUUCACACUUUCGGGCUAUGAUCACUGAUCCAGGUGCAGUACCGAAAGGAAACGCCACCAAAGAAUUCAUCGAGAGCUUGCAGCUGAAACCAGGGCAAGUGGUGUAUAAAUGUCCGAAAUGCUGCAGCAUCAAACCUGACCGGGCUCAUCACUGCAGUGUUUGCAAGCGAUGUAUUCGAAAAAUGGAUCAUCACUGUCCGUGGGUUAAUAAUUGUGUUGGGGAGAACAACCAGAAAUUCUUUGUUCUAUUUACUAUGUACAUAUCUCUCAUUUCCUUGCAUUCCCUUAUCAUGGUGGGCUUUCAUUUCCUAUAUUGCUUUGAAGAAGACUGGACAAAGUGUAGCUCCUUCUCACCACCAACUACAGUCAUUCUGCUUAUCCUACUUUGUUUUGAGGGAUUGCUCUUCCUCAUCUUCACUGUUGUAAUGUUUGGGACACAAGUACACUCCAUCUGCACAGAUGAAACGGGUAUUGAGCGAAUGAAGAAGGAAAAUCCAACUUGGGAAAAAAUAAGCAAAUGGGAAGGACUCAAACAAGCUUUUGGGGGUAGUUUUACUCCAGGUUGGUUAAGUCCCUUCUCAAGAACAUUGUACCAACAAGUAUCAUCAGACAUGGAACAGACUGCAUCAGACAGCAUGAGUGAAAUUGUGAUUGGACGACUUGUAGGAAACGUGGAAGUCAUUGAAGUAGCCAGAAGAGAAGAAUAACUAUUAGCUGGAAAGAGACAUAAGGGCCAAAAAGAGGUUCUGGAUCAGAUUCAAUACAGAACCAGGUUCAGUAUUUGUCAAAGGUUAUCAUUAUAUUAAUUCGAAUUUGAGUUAUGUUGGUUAAAGGUUACAUUUGUAAGAUAAAUCUGUCUGCAUUAAAGUGAAUGUAAAUUUUGAUGCUAAAGUGCACAUUUUUUAAAAAUUCGAUUAAAAACAGGGGCACUUUAAUUCAUCAAAAUUUACAUUUCACUCCUGUUGUGAAAAAAAAACUUACCUUUUAUUCUUGACAGCAGCUCCAGCUUUCUCCACCCGUUGCAAAGCCUCUUCCUGGGUCUAAAAUGAGGAAUCCGGCUUCCUCCAAUCACGGCAUUGAAUCAGACACUCAUUCCCCAGGGGGGGAAGCCGUGAUUGGAGGAUGACCUAUCCAUCAUUUCUGACAUCAGAAAUGGCUUGCAACGGGUGGAGGAAGCUGGAGCUGCUUUGAAAAUUAAAAGGUAAGUUUUUUUUUCACAACAGGAGUGAAAUGUAAAUUUUGAUGAAUUAAAGUGCCCCUGUUUUUAAUCAAACUUUUAAAAACCAGGCACUUCAGCAUCAAAAUUUACAUUCACUUUAAGAACGGGAUUAUCAUAAAUUGUGCUUUUGUUUUAAUUACUUACAACUGAGUAUUUAAUUUUAAUUUUUUUUCCAAAUGUUAAAAUAAUGACGUUACUGUUCUGUUAUCUUGUUUGUCAAUUAAAGAAGUAUAAACAUAGUAUAUGAAAUUAACAGUUGUGCAUUUUGAACACAUUUAGAAGACUUUUUAUAAUAUAAUUGUACUAUCAAAAGACACAUCCGUUCCAAAAGAUGCUACUAAUAACAUUUGCAAUAUGCUGCUGUGCACAUCAAAGGUUAUUUUUAUAUCUCUUUAAAUGUGCAUUAUUACAGGCGCAAACAAACUUGAUUAUGUCAUGUGACACAAAAAUUAUUUUAAGUAUGACAAGUAAUGUAAAUGUAUUAUUAAAUACUAAUUAACUUUGCUGGUAAUAAAAAUUAAUAGCAAGUUUAAUUAUAUAAUUAUCCUGUGCUUAAUUUCAUUCACAUCUCUUUUUCAAGGGGCUUCUUAUCUCAGAUUUUUGAUACCUUUAACUUAUUAUAUAGCAGAUUCUAUUGGAACUAUUUUCGCAAAAAUGCUUUUUUUUAGCUAUCUAUUCCAGCUUUUGUAAUAACUUUUGUACAAGACCCAAUUAGAAUUCAGCUGUAUGCUACAUAAAUGCAUCUGUCACUCAUACUAUAUGUGCCAAGAGUGACAUAUUGUGAAAAUGCUUCUAAUUGCAUUUGAAAUGCAAUCUUUAAUGUCAUUUUUCAACAUAGAAAAGGAAAAAUAGAUCAACAGAAUGUAACUAUGUUUGAUGUGCCUUGGUUCAUUCAUACUCAGAUUAAUAAGUGGUGAGAAGAGGCCCCCAACAUUUUUCUGUCAUGAUUCAGAAAGAGAAUACAAUUUUAAACAAUAUUCCAAUUUACUUUUAUUAUCUAAUUUCCAUCAUUCUUUAGAUAUCCUUUGUUGAAGAAAUAGCAAUGCAAAUGGGUGAGCCAAUCACACACGGCUUCUAUGUGCAGCCACCAAUCAGCAGCUACUGAGUAUAUCUAGAUAUGCUUUUGAACCAGGGAUAUCAAGAAAAUGAAGCAAAUUAGAUAAUAGAAAUAAAUUGGAAAGUUGUUUAAAGUUGCGUGCUCUUUCUAAAUCAUGAAAGAAAAAUUUAGGUUUCAUUAUCCUUUAAUUCCAACAAUACAGGAUGUUAAUUCUAAGUUAUGUUUUAUCCAUCUUAUUUAUUUAUUUUUUAAAACGCCUUAAUGUGUUAUUUGUCAAUGCACUUUUAAAUACACAGUUAGUCAUUAUGUUUUAAUUCCCAGCUUUAUUAAGCAUGUACAGGUAUUCAGUAGAAUAAGAAAAGCAUUAAGCAAGGAGGUCCAACUUCAGCACUUGAAGGGCUCAGACAUGUGACAAAACCUGAUGAAGAGAUCAGAGAUGGCUUUAUGGAUGAAAAAUAAAGAGAAACAGCAAGGGAAAAAGUAGGGAGAGGACAGAGAGAGAAGACAGUGUUGAGUUUAGAAAAUGGAGAAAAAGGGAAGAGAAAAAGAAAAAAAAGGAACAUGAGAGAGAGAAAGGGGAGAAAGAAAGAGGAUGAAAAGAGAAUGGAAAAAGAGAUGAGAGCAUUAAGACUAGGGGAGAGAGGGAAAAGGGUUAGAAGAAGAGAGAGAAUGAGAGAGAGAGAGAGAGAGAGAGAUGAAAAAGAGAGAAGAUGGAGUGAGAGAAAUAGGAGGGAAGAGAGAGAAUGGAGUAAGAGAAGAGGAAGGGGGCAACAGCCGGGGGACAGAGAGAGCAGCAGAGAGGGAGAAGGGGGUGACAGAGGAGGGAAAUAGACAAGAGAGAUAAUUACACAUCAAUUCCCAGUUAUACAAAUCCAAUGAUUUUAUAUCAUAUCCUCUUCAGUGAGAAACUGAUUGAAUAUAUUUUUGUAAUAUUAAUACAUGGAAACAACAGUGUAAAUCUUCUCCAAAUAUGUGAAGUAUAUGAAGGUUGGUUUAAUUUUAUUCUUUAUCUCAUUGGGUCUUUUCUUUAAAUUAUAAAUUCGAUACCUAAUUUGGCCCUGCUCUGGUUUAUAGUAUUGUCUAUAUGAUGUAAUUUCCUUGUUGAAUUCAUUGUUUCAUUAUGUAUGCAAACUUGUAUUCAUUAAAAUUUCUAUGUAUAAAUUA